GUCACUGUUCAUAUUGUUGCCCCUUUUCCCGCAUUCUUCUUCCGGUCACGUGACUGCUGUCAACAAGGAAGUGCGCUUUGCCUUUGAAUACAAAGCACCAGCAACUGCUGCAAAUUUACAAGUCAAAGAUCCAAAGGGAUGCCAGCGUCCGAGCCGGUCCGGUUGGGUCGGAAACGCGGCUUGCCCCCCUGCCCGAACCCUCUGUUCCUCAAGUGGCUCACCGAGCUCCGGGACCAGGCUAGAGAGAAGGGACUGAAGAUCCAGUACACCUACCAGAAGGCCAUCAGCUCUUUGAAUAAGUAUCCGUUACCACUUCAAAACGCAAAAGAGGCAAAGAUCCUCCAGAACUUUGGAGACGGCAUCUGUAAAAUACUGGAUGAAAAACUACAACGAUACUAUAGAGAGAACGGUCCAGACGCUCCUAUUCACGCUCUCCCUGAAGGAGCGCCCCCUCCUGGCAGACAGGACAACAACAGCCUGGCUCCCUCCAGAAAGAAGAAUGCAGCAGGGGAUCAAGGGAAAGACAAAGGAGGAGGAGGAGGAGGGAGGAAGAAGAAGAGGGAGUACAUGCCCCAGAAGAGGUCUGGGGGUUAUGCUGUACUGCUUACCCUUUACAGACAGUCGCAGAUCCCAGGUAGUAAAGAUUAUAUGUUUAAGAUGGAGCUACAAGCAGAAGCUCAGCAUCUCUGUGAUAAGUCUUUCACUGCUCCAGAUCUAGGCAGUAAGUACACUGCCUGGUCUUCAGUGAGCACUCUGAUUCAGAAGAACCUGGUGAUAAAGACCCACAACCCUGCAAGGUAUUCUCUGACAGAAGAGGGUCUGGCUUUGGCAGAGCGACUGGAGUCAGUAGAACAAGGGACUAAAGAUGGCCCAGAGGGGGACAGAGAGGAGGUUAGAAGUGAAGGAGAGGAGGACGUGGAAGAAGAGGAAGGUGGUCUAAGGGUUGUGGACCUUACUGGUAGUGAUGAUGAUGAAGAAGAGAAGGAAGAAGACAGAAUACACCCCGCAGAGAAGCCGACUUGUGUUGCCCAGCCGAGGAGUGAGAUUGAUGGGAUGGGUUUUUCAGGAAAACCCCAGAAUUCACAGGCAAUGAGCAGAAAACUGAAUGGAGGAUGUCUUCUACCGGGAACCUAUGAAAUUAUACUCUGUGUUGACUUUAUUGAGACAACUGGCGGCAGCAACCACCGUAAGCAGGAGCUGGUCAAAGAGCUUCAGAGAAAUGGAGUGACCUUCGAUGUUAGGAAGCUAAACGUUGGAGACUUCCUGUGGGUUGCUCGAGAAAAAGUGACACCUGUUCCAGGUCAGUUGCGUGCGCCUGCAGGCAGGGAGCUCGUGCUUGAUUACAUCAUUGAGAGGAAGAGGAUGGACGACCUGUGUGGCAGCAUCAUCGAUGGACGCUUCAGGGAACAGAAGUUUCGACUCAAGAGGUGUGGUCUUCGUAGGCCCGUCUAUCUUGUAGAGGAGUGUGGGACGGCUGCCUCCCACCUGAGUUUACCUGAAACUACACUGCAGCAGGCCAUAGUCAACACACAGGUAGUGGAUGGCUUCUUUGUGAAGAGAGUCCAGGAUGUGAGGGAGUCAGCGGCCUACCUCACCGUCAUGACGCGAUAUCUGAAUAAACUGUACCAGAACUGUACACUGAUCUGUCGCUCCAGAGAGCUGGAGGGUGAUGGAGGGAGUGAUGAGGAGGAAAGAGGGACCCCCUCCUGCUCUCUCAUUUCUUUUGCAGAGUUCAACCAUGGUGCAGUCAAAAACAAGUGUCAGACAGUGAGAGAAGUGUUUGCCAGACAGUUGAUGCAGAUUAGUGGUUUGUCUGGAGACAAGGCAGCUGCGAUACUGGAGCACUACAACACUCCACACAGUCUUCUGACAGCCUAUGAACAGUGUGCAAGUGAAGCAGAGAAAGAGAGACUCCUCUCUUCCAUCCGAUAUGGGAAGCUCAAAAGAAACCUGGGUCCAGCUCUUAGCAGAACAGUUUAUCAGCUGUACUGUACUCAAGGAGCACUGUCAUAGAUGCACACAGUCACUGAUGAACACUAUUUCACUCAUUCAGAUAUUUUCUGUCUCAUAGACGAAUGCAAACUCAAGCUCACUCACCUUGUAAUGUGAAUACAUUUUGUCAUUCAUUUUCAGUUCCUAAUUUACUUGAAUAUAAUUAAUUUGAGGAUGGUAAUUUACAUGUUUAUGUAAAUGUAAGGUGCUGCUAUAUUUUGGUUACUGUAAAAUAUUGCUACUUGUAUGAAGAAUUUCACAAAUGUACCCUGAUACUGCAUCAAUAAAGUUUAUUAUUUUCUAUAGUAUUCUGUUGUUUUAAUGCAAAUGUCAAGUGAUCAAAUACAAUUUCUAACUUCUUAGAAGAAUGGAAAACUAUUAAAAACAACACUAGAUUGGCAAGGCUGGAUAACCAACCAAGUAAAGUGGUCAACUGUCUUGGGGCCCCAGACCCAGAGAGGCCCCCAAAGCCCCUGGAUUCACUGCAUGUCCAAUGGUUUUGGUAAUUACUGUACUAAAGUACGGUAUCAACUAAGGUGGGCUCUGGAUUAUUAGCUAAUAUUGUGGACAUGUCUUGUAGUGGGACCCUGUGUGAAAGUCUAGUCACAAGCAGUGGUCGGUUUGAGUAUUUCCUAUGGGGAGGGGGAGACCAUCCUUUUGUCUCAAUUGAAAUGGGCCUCUUUGGUCGCCAUCAGUACGGCCUGUCGACGAUUUGCAGGGGCAUCUGGCUUGACGACACAGAUUACUGGGGUCACCAUCUUCAGUUGUAGAAACUGAAAUACACUUACAAUAACGCAGCAGCAACAACACCACCAACAGCAACAUGUAACAAUCAACGUUAGUGUACAACAGGUCAUUGAUACCCUUUUAGCACACAGCAAGGAAAAGGAGGAAAUGUCAAAGUUCCCCAGAUGAAGCUUUUCUUCCUUUGGCUAAGUUUUAGGUUUUUGCUUAUGGCAUAAGUACUUGAUGCAUGCCAUCUUUACACUCAAAAUCAGAUGAAAUCUUUGGUUAUGGGGAAGUCACAGGGAUCAGCACACCACCAGCAAUGCAUAAUUUCUGGUAGUGGAGGACUGUGUUCGCACUCUCUCUGAGAUUGCGAGAGUGCAGUGUCUGGGAGUGACCGCCCUGUCUCUGACCGUUCCAACUCAUACUUACCUGGCAGGGGAGAUACCAUGAUCAAGAAGGUGGUUCACCCAGGGCGAGGCUCAGCCAUUGCACUCCGGUUGUGCUGACCCCUGCGAAUUCCCCAAAUGUGGGAAUCUCGACUGCAUAAUUUCUGGUAGUGGGGGACUGCGUUCGCGCUCUCCCCUGA